AUGGUCGAUUUUUCUCCUCUGAAAGCUGUUCUUUCCGGGCGUGUCAUAUUUCGAUCAGAAAAUGCUAAAGAUUAUCAACGGGAGGUUGAUGAAACAUGGAAUGCCGCUAUUCGAACGCGCAAACCGAGUGCGUUUGUCCGGGUAGCGACUGUGGAAGAUGUCGUGAACACUGUCAAGUUUUGUGUAAAAAACGAGGUAAUGGAAAAAGUUAUAGGUGGAAUUUAUUCCGUUUACACCUUUAUACUGGAGAAAAAUCUAUUGCGAUUUAUAUUAUCAAUUUUACGCUUAGAGUUUUGCUUCCACUUCUCGAACGUGUACACAAAGUGAUGAUACCUGUACAGUUUCAGGGCGCGGUAGCCAAGCCUCUGUACCAUUUAUUUAGCACCAAUAUACUUAAAACGGUUUAAAAACGGACAUGAAAACCACAAAGAAAAAGGAAACACCACAACUCAAUCCUUGAACCCCUAAGAUCUAGAGUGUCCAGCAUCUAAUCUCCCCUGACAAUAUCACUCCUGAAUUACACAUUAAGGUCAUGAGAAAGAAAGAAAUGAUCACCAGCUACAGGAGCUACUAAUUUUCAAAAAAAUUCUCAUGGCCAGUACAGUGGAAAAUGUACCGAGACCUGUAUGGAGAAUAUGCAUACUGAUAUUAAGGGUCAAUACCUCACCCAACUAACAAUUGCAAAUUAGAAACUAUGAUCCUACAACUCUUCCUGCACCUUGCACCCUUCUCUGCUCUUCUCAUCUGUGCGAGAAAAAUGAUAAUAUAUGCUAAUUAGGAUUAUCACAAAUAAACAUUAUGUCUUGAGAUGAAUUAUCAUGAUAAAUUGAAAUAUGAAUUAAAAUAUAAUUGUAAAUUAGGUUAAUUAACUAUUAUCAACUGAGUUCGGCCCUUUGUCGGAGCAAAUGUGGAAGGGCUAAUGUUUUAUUGUCCCACCAACACAGGAUAACAGUUUCCAAAUGCCAAGUUUACAAAUUUCACUGGGCUUUGGGACAUAAUCCUUGUCAAAUUUAGAACAAUUUUUGUUUUCUAUCAUUUCACAUUUAGAUACCUGUAUGUCACUUUUGUUAGAAAAAAAAGGUAUUCUCUAAACAGUGGUUCAGGUGUUGGACUGAUCCUUUGUUACACAAAGUAAUGUUUCACAAAUCAAAGUUGCAAUAAUGAAUAACUACAAGAAAAAAUACUGAAACAUGCAUAAAAUGCACAUUUUGCUGCACAUUGUUCAACAUGCAUACAGGCACCAUCUAAAUAAAUAAUGCUAUGCUUAGAUGACUAUCUAUGACCUGUACAUUGAAAGAGAAACCGUACUGACAAAGAAAAUUCACUGAAUAUAAUCAAGAGCUUCCUUAGUUGGCAAUCAAUUCCUUCUUUCCCAUGUCUAACUUAAGUUGAUACUGUCAGGAGAAAUUACAGGGAGGUCACUCAAAGAGGUUUAAGGGUUAGAUUUGUACACUUCACAAUGUGUUACCUUGUCAUUAUGGAUGACGUAAGUUUGGGAAAUAUGAAAAUCAAAGAAAUAGGCUAGAGGUAUUGCCUUUCAUUAUUUUCUUUGUUUGCCAAGAUCUGCAGUCUUUGUUGCUUUUUUUAAUUACAACUCCUUGUUUAGUAUUUUAUUUUUAGGAUUUGAAAUCAUGCCACUAAUUGUCAUGUCAUUAUCACACCUCUUUGCUUGAAAAAUAUGUUUGUGGUAUAUUUUGCAGUUGGACAUGUGUGUUUGUGCUGCAAAGAACAGUGAUUUCGCGAUGGCUGAUGAUGCUGUGGUUAUUAAUCUUUCUGACAUGAACAGUGUAACAGUGGAUGUGGAAAAGAAGGUAUGUGUUGUUAUAGUCCUACUGCACUAAGUAGAGUAUAAAUAACACAUGAAUUGAGUACUUAUACCUGACAAUAUUUUACAGUUAUUUGGAUUGCACUUGAAUCACACUUUGCAUCUAAUUGUACUCUACUCCAUGCAGCUGGAUAGUAUAUAACUUAUAAGAUAUUUUGGUGUGUGGUUUUGCUGAGUAUUUUAACUUGUUUUUUGUAUUCUGACUUAAGAAAAUACUCAGCCAUAACACACACUAUUGGAUGUAACAUUUUAUUAUACUGGAAACAAGAAAAGGGAAAAACACUAACAACAUCCCUAUUUUAACUAACUUAACCUUGCAUUGCAACCUUCCUUGUGACACAAAACUGCAUAAUUAUGGAACAGUUUGUGACUAUAUUUGUUAACUCAAGAUAAUUGUGUAAAGUUGCUGUUUUUUUGCAUGCAUAACAAAACUAGAAUAGACUCAUGCAGGUAUCCAAAAUAUUCCUAUCUAGGAGCUUGGUGAAGUUACAGGCUGUUAGGCUUAAAAUACAUAACCUUUGACCUAUCUCAAGCCAAAUUCUGAGAAGUGAAAUUUUAGAGUUUGCGAUCUUUGAAACUGUUUUAUCUCUUGACUUUUACAGUGUUCUCCCUUGUUUUAAGCAUGACAGGUAAAAUAAAUUUUCAAACCAGUAAAGCAAUCCUUCUACCUGUUGAAUUUUCAAGAAUUCCAAGCAAUUUUAAACAGUAAUAAGAGGCUCUACAGGCGGUAAAUGUUACCGGUUACCACCUGAAAAGGAGAACACUGAUUUUAUGAUGUAGGCAUAUUUCACAAGGUGUCAAUUUUGUGGUUGUGCAAAAAAAUUUUGUACACUGAGUAAUUUAAGUUUUGCACUUUUUGAGUUAGACCUACAAAAUUCCUAAUACCAACCAGGUACAACUGUAAUUACCCUGAAGAAGCUCAUCUGCAUCAUAUUUCACAAUUUCAGGUUGUUGUGGUGGGUGCUGGUGCAAAAUUGAGUGAUAUUGACAAGGAAACAGUACGUCAUUCACUGGCAACACCCCUGGGUAGUUAUUCUCAACUGGGUGUGGCAGGGUACACUUUGCUUGGGGGAACAGGUUUCCUGAGCAGAUCCUUUGGCUGUACAGCAGAUAAUUGUUUAGAGUUUGGUAAGUCUCGAUUUUGGAAACCUCAGAAAUUUAAUAUGAGAUAUUUGCUUUGUAUGUUUGUGACUCAAAUUUCUUUUUGGCUUGAAAUUUUCUCAUCAUUCUGAUGGUCAAUUAUCAUCAUUGAUUGUAGUAUCAUAUAAUCUUUAACAAAGAAAUAGACGAAUUAGAUGGGUUUGCAAAAAUGUAAACCCUCGUUUUGAAGAGAAAAAAGAUAUUAAAUUGUUCUUUAUUCAAGCACGAAUAAGCAGUUCCGCAACAAUGAAGGAAAUCAAAAAAGCAGGUUAUGUUCCCAUUCACCACAUCAUGGACCUUUCUGGAAAAAAAUGUAUUAAUUUUCCGAGUCCAGAGCCACACGAAAGACCCAAGGCUAAUUUGUCAAACGUCGCGUUUGAAACCCUGCUAUUGUCAAAGAGAGAAUUUGGCUAUCUGGUCUUGUAACACAAGUGUAUUUCAAAUAAUUUUGUACUGUACCAUGCAACAACUUGAAGAAAGUAUUUACCUUAUCCAAGUUGUUAAAUAGCACUCCACAAAAUUGGAAAUGUUGUUUAUGUUUUUGUUCAACAGAACUGGUCACGUCCACCGGAGAUGUUAUAAGAGCAAGUGAGAAUGAAGAUCCAGAACUAUUUUGGGGAAUGAAAGGUUGUGGAUUCAAUUUUGGGUAAUCUUCAAGAUCACAUUGUUAAUUGUACCUUAUAUACAGGCUUAAUUCUAAAUUAAGAAGAAUUUAUUUCAAUUUUUUGCUAGUUGGAAAACCGUUCGAUGGAAAUAUCAGUCUGUCAUAGAUUUAAAGCAAAUGUCCGUCACUUACGUUUGCGAAAGCUCCAAAAUAUGACAUAAAGUGCAAUAACAUUUCUAUUAUUCGCAAGGAAAAUACGGGUUUACUGUAAGUCUUUUGAAAGAAAUCUGAAAAUACGGAAAUGAUGUGUUGGUGCAAAUGUUUGAUAACUCAUUGUAUGACAAAAUCGACUCACAGGAAGCUGAGGUUUGAAUGUAGUUUGCCAUCCUCUAAAAGUUCGCUUAAGUUAUAACAAGACAGCUUUUACUUUCUUUUACAACCCUCUGCUUUUCUCGUAGCAUAAUGCUGUUCACUGUGUCUUUCCCAUUGGCUUUAAAAAUUCUGUUGUUGGUCCUGUGUAGGGUCGUUACUUCCUUGAAAUAUCAACUUUAUGACAUUCCAGAGUUUGUCAUCGGAGGAGAUCUUUAUUAUCCCAUGUCUAAAGCAGCAAGCGCUUUCAAGAUUAUCAGAGACUUUGUACGCGAGAAGGAAGAUAAUCGGCUGGCUGUGUAUAUGAUGUUGCAUUUCAAGAGAAGCGGGUGAGUGCUUCAAGAGUGAGCCAAAAAUAAGAUUCUCAAUUUGAGUACGACUACUUUAAUCUCACAAGGUAAUUUGGUGUCAACUUUGUUGAUAAUGUAAUUUGGCCAUUGCAAAAAUGUUGUAAAGGUGAUGUCUCGACAAAGGGCUAACGCUCGAAACGUUAACUGUAGAAACUCUUUACUUUGGCCAAUUUACAUUAUCAACUCAGUUGAUGAAACAAACUUUUCUUGUGAUGCAGUUUCGUGAAAAACCUACUUUUUUUUACUUUUUCACUCUUCGUGUCUUCACAAUAAUACAAAUUAUUAUAGAAGGAAUUGACGACUAAACAUACUAAGAAAACGCAGUAAAAUGUUGGGAAAAAAAGGUAAUAAAACCUAACAGUAAGGCACCAUUUUGCAGAAUACCUGUACUACUAAGUAAGAAAAAACAUUGGCGCGGCUAAAAAUCCUUUUGGUGUGUAAAGAUAAAACCAGAUAAUAAGUUCUUCAUCAGACAUCCAGCGGUGAAAACAAGAAGAAACUGACCCCGUAAACAUACCUCACAGGAUAUUAUUGAACAUUCAUUGCAUUUAGCGAAUGUACUCCGCGCAAGCAGCACUUAAUAAAAUUUUAUCGCGGGCCACUCUGGAUGCAUUUAAGGUAAUUUAGAAAAGAGUAAAUUAUCGAAGGGAUAAAACAGUAAAGACACUGACAAAAGAAAGUACGAUGUUCAUCUUGAAAAAUCAAUUUGAAUUCAAUCAUUCAUUCUUUUCAUUCUAUUCGCUCUGACGAUGGGGUAACGCUCGAAACGCCAGCUUAGAAACUCUACGUUGGCCAAUUUACAUUUUCAGCUCAUCUGAUAACACCAAAUUAUCUUACAAUAGCCCCAGCCCCCACUGACGCAGCACCGCUGUUUCUUUACAAACUUACCCCUAUUUUUCAUUUGGAUGUAUUUUUAAAAAUUGAGACAAGGUCGCGUGAUCCUUUCCCUAGACCGCAAGCUCUCUGUCGCUUCUUGUUCAUUGGUUCCCCUAAGGAGGGAGGGGCUCUACUGAUGGAGCUGACAGACUUAACAAAACCGUUAGUGAACAAAGUGAAGCCUUUACCAUUGGACGAAUUCCAGAAGAGUGGGGACUGGAUGGUGCAGAGAGGAAUCACCUACUACGCACCUAUGGGCAAUUUUGUCGAAGGUUAGUAAUACUCCUCAUUAGUCGCUUCAUGCUAUGGAAACCGGAAUAAGCUACAGCUGGGUGAAGCACUCGGCUUGAGUAGACACUUAACCUUUAUCGUGUUACAGAACUCACCGAUGACGGCAUUGAUAUCAUCUUUGAUGGGGUCAACCAAGCGCCCGAUUCACGCAUCAUCACAGGCAGUAACAUCUACAUAACAAGCCUUGGAGGGAAAAUCAAGGAAAUACCGGCUGAAAGUAGCCCAUACCCCUUCAGACAAGCAGAGUAAGUGAUAAUCACUGUAAAGCCGCUCUUGGUUUUGUAUCAUUGAACGUGCAAACUAAUUCCUAUAAUCUACGUUAAAAUUAGUACAAUUACUUGUGCCACGCUUUAAUCGUUUCUAGCUACUGCACAUGCGUCAUGAAAGUGCUUUAAACUAAUGUUCAUAUCAAAUUUACAGCGUGAAAAUUGUACGUUUUAUUUGGUUUAGACGAAAGAACGAAAACCGCUUUUGAUUUGCCAUCCUGCGCCUUUCUCCCCGCCUGUGUCUUGCCUCUUAUUUCCAGCCUUUUUGUGUGCCACUGUAUUGCUUAAUACUUCUCGUUACGCAGUUACGUUACAUGUAACGCCUUUUCUAUCAGUCACAGUUCUUUCCGCUCUUGUAACUCGUCAUAUUUUUCCCAUCUGUUAAAUUUCUCUGGCGCCCGUCACAUGUUUAUCACUAUUUCAUCAGUUACAUUUCUUGUCUCGCUGAUAGACUGACAGACUCUUACUUCUUCUCACCUUUCUCUUCAGUUACUUUUCUUAUUCACGUGUCGCAUGUUUUCUCCUUUUCAAUCUGCUACAUAGCUGGCGGGCAUGUCUCGUGUGUUCCCAGUUAUUUCAUCUGUUGCAUUUAUUAUUGUGUCACCUGUGCUUUUCUUCCUGCGCAUGUGAAGUAUUGUUGUGUUUCCUCUACUUUAAGUAUGUUUUGCUGUUGUCUCUGGUCUGCGGUGUUUAGUGUAAGCAAUGUUUCGUAGUCUAAUGGCUUAUCCAUUCCAGGCAUUUCGGACUCAAGCACCGGCCAAGGUCUUUGUUUUGUGUUCAUAAGACAUCCUAAUUUUACCAAAGUACCGCUCCUAUGAGAUUGAGUUUUGGCGAAGUCUAAAAUCCCACAUGAUACUUGAUAGAAGAUUCUGUUACCCCGACAGUUUUUCUUGCAAUUUUUCAUGCCGUUGUUUGCACUGUUGCAAGACAGUGUGCGCGAGAUAUGAUCUAUGAUUACACCUUUGGUGUUUAUUUGGCAACGCGUAGAGGUGUGUCGCCGCGUUGUUGCUAUCGUUGCGAGAAGACGAUCAUGUCUGCUACUUGCCAAAAAUAACAGUAUACUUAUCAGUACCAUUUUGCAUCUUUCUAUGUCUGAACUGAUGAGUUAUCUUGUUACUUGGUUGCUGAAAAGACUCUUAGGACGAAGUAGAUUCUCAUAGCUGCUAACACGUUGGCUUACUCUGUCAAAUUUUUUUUGUGGCAAAAGAUGCCAAAAUCGCCACAACUUAUGUCACCUCUGGGCAGAUUCCGUAGCUGCAACGAACUAUUGAAUCAUUCAAGAAUCUCACCCGUAGUUUUUUUAGCGGUGCGCUGUAGGCGCCUGGAUUAAAAGCCAUUACGUAAUUUCUUUGAUCGUGGUUUUCAUUUUUUGCUUAGUUUCGUUUUCGCCUUCUGUUAGCUUUUGAUAAUUAGUCUUUUAUUGUAUGUUUUUUUGUUUGUUUUGUAUGUUAGGUCUUAUUUGCAUUUUGUCAUUUGGGUUUCUUUAAUUAUUUUUUGUUAGUUCACGUUUGAAUCAUCGUCAGGUCAGGUUUAGUUUGCGUCUGUUUGAGUUGAGUUCAGGUUUAUUUCUGCGUGAUUAAGUCACACUAGCUUUGUUUCGUUUUGCUUUGUUUCGCUUCGAUCGCUUCGCUUCGAUCGCUUCGCUUCCUUCUUGCUUCGUUAUACUAUGUUUGAUUCGAUCGUUUUGCUUUCGAUGGUAAAAAAAAUAAAUAUAAGGGCGUAAAGACAUCGGGUUGGUUAUUUAACAAAGUUUAACCGUUGUUAACAAAACCGCGUUGUAAACUAUCUUAAAUUUAGCUUAAUCUUUUAUCCGAAAAUUUGUUUUUGCGAACAGUGUCAAGAGGGCCGAAAGCUAGCAGUUAAAGGAUAUAUAUUUCAUGAAAACAACUCUCUUAUAGAGAAUCCCAGAGGCCCACUGCUUGCGAGAAACCGCGGUUUGGGCUAGACCUCGUGUAAAUAACCGGCCCAUUGUGACUACAAGGCUUUUAAGGGAACCUCGUUAAGACUUUUCAACUCUAUCCUUGGAUGUUGAAUGCCACGAUUUGUUUUUCUUACACGAAACAGAUACUGGAUUGGAAUUGUAGCUGGGACACCUGACUCCAACUUCUAUGAAGAUGUGAAAACCUGGGUGGACAGUAUGGACAAUCGACUAUCCAAAUAUGGUAUCUUCCCAUAUGGCCCUGAGGCGGAAGAAGAACAUGAAAGAAUCAGGGCGUUGAAAGUCAAAUACGAUCCCGAAAACGUCUUCCAUCACAACUUCAAUAUCGAUCCAAAAAAAGGGAUUCAAAAGGAUUAACUGUAGCACAGCCCUUUUUUGUUUCCGCACAUAUCGCUGAAUAUAGUGCAGUGACUUAACUAGAAUGACGUUAAUUGUGGCUCUCCAUUAAGAUGGCAUAAUAUGCAGAUAUAUUCUACAGUUUUCGGUGGAUAUUUGUUUCACGUUUGCCAUUUGCCUUCUUGCACUCAAGAGUAUACUUUUAAGAAUAUCGUGAAUCGAUGGACAGUCUCAAAAAAUUGGAUUUCUAGUUACCUUUACUCGACGCGAAAAACAGAAUAAUAUACCCUUUCACUGAAGGCGUGAAAGAAAAAAUAUGAGUCGGGACAAGCUUCUUUUUCAUCAGCCAAACAUUACAACUCUAGUUACUCUCAGUGAUGCUCGUUCACCAUCGCGGCGUUCAAACUUUGGAAUAGUUAACGCGCAAAUAUGAGCUGUUAUGAACUAUCUACUUAAGGUGGCUCAAUGAAGUUUUAGCCUGAUUACGAUGCGCACGUCGGCGUUGUGUUUUCAUGGAAAAUCUUUGAAGAUCUUCGCUAGAAGAAGACUAUAAGUAUGCUGUCGAAACGUCGUGAUUCACAUCCGAAGUGACAACAUCGUGAGACAAACGAUUGUAUUCUCUUUUGAAAGUGUUAUUUACCGCGAUGAAAAACCGCAACCUAUUUUACGAGAUCACUAACUGUUACCAGAAUUUAGUAAACAAAGGUUGAACUAGAGAAGUAUGUUUUUAUUCGUCUUGUCACGAGCGUAGGACUGUUGUUAAUAUUCACAUAGAGGUUUCUGUGUUUGAGCUUAAGCGCUGCAAAGGAAGGUGCUCACCAGCGGUAAUUUGGCUUUGAUUUUGAUUUUCUCAAAUACGCUUCGAUGAAAUAUUCCACAGUUUUUACAAUUUGUGACAUUUGUCCUGCCGAUCUUUUGUUUACUUAGAAAAAAAUAUGGGGUUAUAAAGGUAUAGUUUCUUCGCUUCUUGCAUAUUUUUUCCUCCUCUAACUUAGCAUGGGUCUCAUGAACUUCUCAUUAAUUAGCGGUAGAUAGAGCACAAAUAUGUUAAACGCUCAAUUAAAUGUUAGGAAAUUCUACAGAAGGAAACACGAUGAAUUCCACUCAAAUAUUUUACGUCUUUCUCUCAAAUCAUUAUGUCAUUAAAUUGGAAUUCGCCAAGAUCGAUUUUUGAGCAUACGCAAACGUUCGAAUCUGUAGCCCUUCCGCAUUCUUUCGCCCGGUGUUUUCUUUUCUGUUGACCCCUUUUUCAGGUGAAGAAGACUCAUGAAUUUAUUAUGGGUAUGUUGCUGAUAAACCCUAGAGUUCAUUACUAGAAACUGCAUUGUCUUAUACACCUUUUGAAAUAACAAUCGUGCGAUCAUAUCGAGCUGCCAGUUUUGUUGACAUUCCCAAAGCCCGCGCUAUGUUCGCAUCCAUAUCUCGCGCGGUCAAAACCCUACGGAGCCUCCUUACAGAGGGAUCUAGCCGCCUCUUGCGUACAGCCCUAACUUUUGUAUACAAUAAUUAUUUUUAUUGAUGCAAUGAUUAACACAAGUACUUAGAACCUUACAGACAAACGGAAGUUUAGGCCCGUGUUCAAGGCAACAAGGUGACAGAUUUACCACUUUUAAUACCCUUAAAGCCUAUACCAUUUUAUUGGAAUUUUAUAUUUAAUCGACAUUUUAUUUACAAACAUAACCGAUAUACAAACAAAUUUUUUAUACAAACUUGCUUUAAACCACUGAUAGUUCCUUUUAAUGGUAUUAUUGAUAUUGUCUUUUGUAAAAAUCGUGUAAUUCAAGUUUUUAGUCGCAAGUUAUCAAUAAACUGCAUAUCACUUCU